CUUGACACAAAGACUAGAAAUGACAAUCUGAUAAGAUAAAGAGGUUAAACAUAUUAAAUUUUAGUCGAGCAGGUUGUCUCUGCAGUCAAGGGAUUUUAAUUAUUAGUUGAUUCAUGUAUUGGUGAUACAGAGAUACAGCAAAUCACAAUUUUAAAAAAAUGUCAUCCUAUCAAGAUGAUGAAGAAGGUGUGGGAUUUGAUGGCAAUCCCAGUUCUUUUCCGAAAGACUUUGGUUACGGAUUUGAUGGGGAUAAUGAUGUUUCCCUUACAACAGGGGAACACAAGCCCAGAAUAUUACUGAUGGGAUUACGAAGGUCUGGAAAAUCAUCCAUACAGAAAGUGGUGUUUCAUAAAAUGUCACCGAAUGAGACUCUCUUCUUAGAAAGCACAAAUAAAAUAGUAAAGGAGGACAUCAACAACUCUAGUUUUGUUCAAUUUCAAAUUUGGGAUUUUCCAGGUCAAAUAGAUUUCAUCGAUUCCACAUUUGAUUCAGACACUAUUUUUGGGGGAUGUGGAGCUUUAGUGUUUGUGAUUGAUGCACAAGACGAUUAUGGAGAAGCACUAAAUAAACUGAAUGUAACCGUUACAAAAGCAUAUAAAGUAAACCCCAACAUCAAAUUUGAAGUUUUUAUCCAUAAAGUUGAUGGCCUAGGAGAUGAUUUCAAAAUGGAAUCUCAAAGGGAUAUUCAUCAGAGGGCCACUGAUGAUUUGACUGACGCAGGGCUGGAUCAUAUUCAUCUAAGUUUUCAUCUCACGUCCAUUUAUGAUCACUCAAUAUUCGAGGCGUUCUCUAAAGUAGUACAAAAAUUAAUUCCGCAGUUGCCAAUUUUAGAGAAUCUACUGAAUAUAUUGAAUACGAAUUCUGCUAUAGAGAAAUCGUUUUUGUUCGAUGUAGUUUCAAAAAUAUAUAUAGCGACUGAUUCAACUCCCGUUGAUAUGCAAAGUUACGAAUUAUGCUGUGAUAUGAUCGAUGUAGUUAUUGAUGUUUCUUGGAUAUAUGGAAUAAAGGAGGAUCAACCAGAUGCGAACGCAUUUGAUGAACAGAGCUCUAGUCUUAUAAAAUUAAACAAUGGAACAGUUCUAUAUUUAAGAGAAGUGAAUAAAUUCCUGGCACUUGUAUGUAUCUUGAGGGAGGAUAAUUUUGAUCAUAAAGGAAUAAUUGACUCAAACUUCCUAAGCCUACGAGAAGCUAUCCAACAAGUUUUUGAACUUAGGAGCAAGACACAAUCCUCUCUAUUCACAUCACCAGACAGUCCUGUUAUAACAAAUGGAGGUGAUGCAGUUUCACCAGAGUCCCCGCAAGGUCCUCGAACAUCUUAGAGAAAUUAUCAAAUUAAUUAAUAAAAAAUUACUUACUGCGAGAUUGUCGAAGUUCUGAUACUGGAGAUGAUGUUUUGUAUAUAUGUAUAAAUAUAGUCUGUAUCGUUUAA